ACAGGCUGUAGCAGUGCCUUCGCAGGAUUGAAGACACCGCAGUGCAUUGCUGGAAACAUCAAGGCAUACCGUCUUGGGUCAGCGGUAGCUUAACUUUACUUUCUGUUUUCAGUCUGUUUUUCUUACAGUUUUGCUUAAAAGUAUCUAUGAGUAAAUGAGUUAAUUAAAUGUGAAAAAUAAAGUAUUUGAUUUUUCCACUGUUGCCACUUCACGCACUUUAAAAUACUACAAUCUUUUCAUAUAAAUUUGAAUUGUCCUACAUACCCGUGACGAAACCCAUGCGAUACAAGCUGAAAAAUGUAGAUUUUUAAAAAUGUAGAUUUUCAAUCUGUAACUUUACUUGAAAUCAUUUACAUUGGUUGACCCUCUAUCGUUUCGACGAUAACAGGAUAUAUUAUAUAGAAUAAAUGCUUUAUAUAAAAAUGUGAAUAUACUAUAAUUUUUUGGGGCCUCAAUAUCACUAUUUAUUGAGAAAAGAAACUAGCACGCUUGCUUGUGAAAGUGAACCUAUAUACAUUUGAUGAAAUUAGUUCAGUUUCGAGGAACCACAAGGUCUAAGUUUCAUUUAUUUCUUGCUGAUAUUUUGAUAUGCACAGAGUAAACAUCACAAAACAUGAUUACAGCAAUGUAAAAGGGUACAGCGUGAUUACUUAAAUCGUGAUCGUGAUAAUGAAAAGUGAUCAAACUUUUGUUCCGUUUUAUCCAAUCUGUGUGUAUGUACGUCUAUAUAUGUACAUGAACAAAAUAGGGCGUGAUGCAACUCUUUUCAGCUCGAUGUUUUCCAAGCGCGCCCCAUAACUUAAGUUGUAGUCCAGACUCUUUAAAUAUCAAGGAAAGAUGAAAUGUAUAAAUGUAAAAAAAAAAUAUGAAAUACAUUUGUGUUGCGUUACUUAAUAACUAUACCCGCCACUUCAUUUGGGAUGUGUUUUUUGCUAUUUUUACGUGCAUCAGAUUCAAUGAUUUCUCAGUUGAUUAUAUAUGCCCUUUUUACUCAAAUUGCCAAGUUUGACUUUCCGCGAGACUUACCUUGCAGGCCAUGUUUACGUGUCAGUACGUGUCCCACAAUGCCAAUCUCUUAGCGCCUUUUCCAGUUUAAAUGCCCCCAGGCCUUCAUUAGUAUUACUCGCGAAACUGUCUUAUAUAUUGACUCAUAUCGCCCUUUGAAUUAGUGUUUUUGUUUCUAUUGUGGGAUCUUUGCAGCUUGGACAUUUUUAUUAAGAUAUUCUCGAACGAUAUUCUCGAUAUGACGAUACUCUUGAUAUGACGAUACCCAAAAACAACGAUAUUCUCGAACGGGAUCCUGUUGUCUUUAGAAGAAACAUCGUGUGAUCCCUCCAAUGAUAUUUGAUAUAACGACACUCGAUAUAGCGAUACUCGAUAUAACGAUACUAGACAUAACAAUGCUCGAUGUAACGAUACUCGAUAUAACGAUACUCGACAUGACGAUGCUCGAUAUGACGAUAUUGGAUAUAUAACUAGACUCAAUAUAACGACACUCGAUAUAACGGUACCCGAUUUAACGAUACUCGAUGUAACGAUAUCCUUGGCCUCGGCCAGUAUUUUCAAGACCUCGGUCAUCGUAUUUCACGAUACUGACUCCCAGCUGCUAAUGAUAUAUAUGUAUCUUCCCGAUUAUUGAACCAUAGAGAUCUUCAUAACGGACACUUUACUUUAAUCCAUUUCUUAUAUUAGUUUUCAAAAUUGCAUUUUUAACAGGUCCCUAGCGACGACCACAGCGCUUUCGAUAUCACUUCCUAGAACGGGAAAAAAACAAAAACGACUUUGUGACGAAUGCUUAUUUUCGCGUUCUUUUUGGUUACGGGAAGUGGUGCUUUGGUAAAUUCCUCCGCCGCACACGUUUCUCUUUGAAAUAGAACCGUGUUGGGGCUGGGACUAGUGUUUAGUUUAGUGACGUCACAAAGUCUAAUUAAAUUUUCUUCAAACCGCAAACGGACUCAGCAAUCCGCCAUGUUCGGGUUUAUCCGUCAGCACCCCGUCAUCACGGGUCUGGCGGUCGCAGGCAUUUCGGCGGCUGCCGCGUACUAUUUUCGCAAAUCAUUAGUCAACACAUUUUAUGGGGAGGAGGAGAGUGGUGAGGAUAAGAGCACAGAAGGUGAUGAGGAGGGCGGUGAAGCAAGCAAGACAACCCCGGACACGCCCGUCUCUGCGUCUGGACCCCCGAUGGAGGCACCUCCCGUGGUCCCCGUAGAGGCAGCAGCAUCACCACGCCCAAGAAGGAGCGGACCCCAACAGGACAACUUUGGCGGCUUCCGCAAAGGGUUCCUCGACGGCAAGAGAUUCUAAGCUGCUACGAUGCGCUCCAAAGACCCAUAAAUUUUACGAACCCGAACGGAAAUGGAUAACAAUACACGGACAUGGAAUAUAACAUAGAUGGAAAUGAUGAUUAAAAGACAGGAACGGAAAUGGACAACGAUACACGGACAUGGAAUAUAACAAACAUAGAAGAAAAGGAAUGAUAAAUAGGCCGGACUGAUAGGGAUAACGAUACACUGACAUGGAAUAUAACAUAGAUGAAAUGGAAUGAAAAAUAGACCGGAACGGAAACGGAUAUAGAAUUACGGACGCAAGCAAAACAAAAAUGAAAAAUAACCAAAAAAAAUAAUCAAAGGAGCAAUCUUCAACUUCGAUGUUUUGCGCAGAUGUUUUCUCGAUGGCAUAUGACUCAAAGCUAUGACAGAAUCAACCCUGCAAGUGCUCAACAAACCGACAAGUUUAUUGAUUGGAAUGGAAAAGGACGAUGACAAAAAAUAAAAAAAGACUAUUCCAAAAGAAAUAAAAAAAAACUUUAUUCAGGCUAGUUAGGCAGCACGUCGUCAAGGACUCUCUUCUUGCACUUUGAUGAGGGGUAGGGGCGGGAAGGUGUUCCGCGCAACCGGGUGUUUACACGCGGACCCCAAGAUUCAAAGUGCGAGUAGGAAUGUCAUUUAAUAUCAAUAAACCAAGUGCCUCGAUCGUGAAAAUAAAAACAUCCACACAUGUCAA